UCCAAGUUUCCUACUAAUUCCUCCAUGACGACCAAGUCAAAUAGAUAUAAAAAAAAUAAUAUUAUAAUUACAUUAUUUUGGUAGUACAAUUACAUGUAACCCACAAUCAAUUUGCAAAUUUUCAAACAUCAUCUAACAAUGUGUCCAACUCAAUUAUUCUUCAUCUCUCUUUUUUUUCUAUUCAUCAUCAACUCCAGUAAAGCUGAUAAUACUACGUCAUUUGGUUACUGCCCUUCAUCUGUUUGCGAUAAUGGCCUUAAUAUUUCAUAUCCUUUUUGGAGACUUGAUAAGUACAACUCCGACUCUCCACAAUACUGUGGUUACCCAGGAUUUGGGAUCAAUUGCUCCCAAAUCGAUUCAAUUUUAUAUAUUUCCGGUGACUCUUACAACGUUACGAAUAUUGAUUACAGUGUCUAUUCAAUUAAUCUGGUGGAUAUUGAUGCUCUUGAUAACAAAAUAUGCCCUAGAGUACAUCAUAAUGUUACUCUAGAUGAAGACUUGCCAUUGAAAUAUUCGGAGCUUGAUUUGUUUGUUAAUUUCUAUUACAACUGUAUCCAUUCCCCUAAUUCAUAUAAUAUUGCCUAUCCAUUUGAUUGCUUAAACUCCAAUGGGAACAAGUCAUAUCAUGCUGAGGAGGAGGAAGAUUUCGAUUGGACUAGAAUUUGUGAGAAGAAAGUGGUGGUGCCUGUGACAAAGGAUGGGUUUACUAGAGGAAUUGGUGCGGCGAUGGUUGAGGGGUUUCUAUUGCAUUGGGUGAACGCAACGGAGUGCGUAGAGUGUGAGGCAUCACAGGGGCGUUGCGGUUACAACAAUUCAACUCACGAAUCCUUGUGCUACUGCAAAGAUGGAACCGUAAAAUUUGAUAACUGCAACACCAAAGAAAAUAUCAUAGCCCUAUCACUAUCAGCAUUUGGACGGAAAUUUUUUAUUUAGCUUCUCAAUAAUUGCGUGAGGUUACUUUUAUGUGGAUUCAAAUUUUACAGUUCUGAAUACACAUAAUCUGGGUCCUAUUUAUUUGUAAUAAGAUAAAAAGAAAUUUCAUAUA